AUGGUCAGCAAUUUUGAAACGGAAUGCCUGAGCAAAAUAUUACGUGACAACGGGGUUGACAUAGUCCUCCUUCAGGAAACACACACCGCUGAUAAUACCCAACUCGCUAAACGAGGCAGGAUGAUCUGGCAGCUGUUAUUAGUGGCGAUGGCGCUGGGCGCGGCGUACUACCGGUGGUCGCGCAGGCGGCUAUACAAGCUGGCGGCUGAGAUACCGAGCUUACCUGACAGCUACCCCGUCAUCGGACACGCCCACAUCUUCGCUGGCAGCAACGAAGAUAUUAUGCAAGCAUUACAAAACCUGGGCCGAAUAGCAAAUGAACACGAUGGCCUUACAAGUUUGUGGGUGGCCAAUAGGCUGUUAGUUAGUAUGACAGACCCCAAGGCUAUCGAGGUGGUGUCCAAAGCGUGCCUGGACAAAGAUGAAUUCCUAAUAAAGUAUAUUCGAACCGCAAUUGGCAACGGAUCCAUAUUUGCCCCAGUAAACAUUUGGCACCCUCGUCGCAAAAUCAACGCUGCUUUCUUCAACCGGAAGAACCUGAAUCAGCUGGUGCCGGUGUUCGACGCGAAGAGUUCCAUCAUGGCCGACCUGCUGCGGGCCGAAGCGGGGGGCGGAGACUUCCCCAUCUGGAGAUACGUCACAACUUUCACGUUCGAUACAAUUUGCGAGACUGCCUUGAACACGCCAAUUAAUACGCAAAAAAACCCGGACCACUACUACCUUCUGCAUGCGAUAGAUGAAUGCACGCAGGUGCUGGCCAAGCGCGUAAUGCAGCCGUGGCUGCACCCCGACUUCGUCUACAAAAGCCUGCCGGUCUACAGGCAGUAUCAACACCAUUUGAAACGCACACAUACAUUUAUAGAGGAGCGAUUGUAUGAGAAUUGUAAGGGGAAAAUUCAAGGGGCUGGUGGUGGAAACGGCACCACUUUUCAGCCCGGCAACAUCGAGAUCCUUGAAGCUUGGGAGCACCGCUACAAGGAUCAGAAGUCAAACUAA